CUGUACACAUGACAUCAUUCCCUCAGUCAGUGCUCGGACUCGCUUGUGGUUCCUCCAAAGUGCGCACGGCGGCUGGUGCCGAAAGAGCGACUCCUCCUGCCGAGCACGGACGCGCGCGCUCCUCAGCAACACGCGCCGGGCUGGAUUUGAAGUAUAUGUAGAGCUUCAUAUACGUAGCAUUUGAUUUAUCUCGCUAGAAGAACUGGUGAAGUGAGCGGAGGUGGCUUUGGGACGCACACUUACAGACGCAAAAAAAGUAUAAGAAAAACAAAAAACAACAACUCGGGGAUUACUGGUUGUUUUAAACAUGAAAAUGUGACGGCUCACACGUCAGAACCAGAAAGGAACCGAAUAAAGGUGCACGUGAGCAAGUAACACGAAGAAGAAGCUGCUGGAGUAGCUGAAGAUAUGACGUUAAAGACAUUUUGAAAGCCAGUGGUAAAGUGCCAAAGCAUCCUGCCAGCAGAACUCAAUCUUCCCCGUGCUGCUGGGGCUUCGGCUCUCCAGCCAGGUCACAGAUAACCCCCCCUCCCCAUCCCUGCCCCAUCCUCCACACACACCCACUGGACCAAGAUGGCCACAAGGUGUGCUACUCAUCUCCCUUUUCCACUCCUGCUGCCUCUGACCACUCUGCUGCUCUCACUGCUGCUCACCGGCUCACACGCCUUAUCACCACCACGGUUCACAAAAGUCCCUGUUGACCAGAUAGGUGUCUCCGGGGGUGUCGUGUCCUUUGUCUGCCAGGCGACAGGUGACCCCAAGCCAAGGGUUAGCUGGAAUAAGAAAGGCAAAAAGGUCAACUCCCAGCGUAUAGAGAACAUUGAAUUCGACGAGGGCGCCGGCGCCGUGCUCCGAAUUCAGCCUCUCCGCGCACCGCGUGACGAGAACAUCUACGAAUGUGUGGCUGAGAACAGCGAGGGCGAGAUCACAGUCAAUGCCAAGCUGUCGAUCAUCCGAGAGGAUCUACUCCCUCCUGGCUUUCCUAACAUUGACAUGGGCCCUCAAUUAAAGGUGGUGGAGCGCACUCGGACAGCAACGAUGCUCUGUGCCGCCAGUGGUAACCCUGACCCAGAAAUCACCUGGUAUAAAGACUUUCUGCCCAUUGAUCCCAGUGCAAGUAAUGGGCGAAUCAAACAGCUACGCUCAGGUGCUUUGCAGAUUGAGAACAGCGAGGAGACGGACCAAGGAAAGUACGAGUGUGUGGCCUCUAAUUUGGAAGGCGUCCGCUACUCGUCCCCCGCUAACCUUUAUGUGCGAGAGCUUCGAGAAGUCCGACGGGUGCCUCCUCGCUUCUCCAUUCCACCAACGAGCCAAGAAAUUAUGCCUGGUGGGAGUGUGAACAUAACAUGUGUGGCGGUGGGGUCCCCCAUGCCUUACGUCAAGUGGAUGUUAAAUUCUGAGGACUUGACGCCAGAGGAUGAGAUGCCUGUGGGUAGGAAUGUUCUUGAACUGAGCAACGUCCGUGAGUCCGCCAACUACACCUGUGUGGCCAUGAGCAGCCUUGGCAUCAUAGAAGCGGUGGCACAGAUCACUGUCAAAUCUCUCCCGAAGCCUCCAGGUACUCCAGUGGUUACUGAAACCACUGCCACUAGUGUGACCAUCACCUGGGACUCCGGCAACCCUGACCCAGUCACCUACUAUAUCAUUCAGUAUCGUGCUAAAUCCCCAGAGAGCAAGUAUGAGACAAUGGAUGACAUCACUACGACACGUUAUAGCAUUGGUGGCCUCUACCCCAACACUGAGUAUGAAAUUCGAGUCUCAGCUGUCAACACCAUUGGCCAGGGUCCUCCCAGUGAACCGGUGGAAACCAGAACUGGUGAACAAGCCCCUGCCAGUCCGCCUCGUAACAUUCACGCCCAGAUUAUAUCCCAAAACACCAUGAUGGUACGCUGGGAAUACCCAGAGGAACCAAAUGGGCAGAUUAAGGGCUAUCGAGUUUAUUACACCAUGGAUGACUCUCAGCCAAUGAGCCUGUGGCAGAUUCAUAAUGUCCAGGACAGCAUUAUCACCACAAUUCCGAGCUUGGUUCCUCAAGAGACUUAUACCAUAAAAGUGCUAGCCUUUACUUCAGUAGGUGAUGGACCCUUCUCAGAGCCAAUCCAUGUCAAAGUGCUGCAAGGAGUUCCUGGCCAGCCAUCCAAAUUUCAAGUUGGAGAUGUAUCUGAUACCAGCAUUGAACUGACCUGGGAGCCAGCCUUUGACAAAGAAGGAAUUAUAAGUUAUGAACUUCGCUACACCGAGGGGAAUUUUGGUUCUCAGAUCAAGAAAACUUUUGGACCGACAUCCUCAUACAUAGUAGAAGGUCUCCGGCCAAACACGGAGUAUCAUUUCUCCCUCGCAGCUAUCUCCAACAAGGGCAUUGGAGCGUUCACCAACGACAUGUCACAGAAGACCUUACAAGCCAAGCCCUCAGCCCCCCCUCAAGACAUUAAGUGUAGCAGCACCAGCUCCACCACAUUGCUGGUAAGUUGGCACCCCCCGCCACUGAAGAGUCAGAAUGGUCUCCUGGCGGGGUAUAGGGUGCGCUACCAGGUGGUGGAACAGUCAGAGGGCAUCAACGGCGAUGUGGAAUCAAUGGAGGAGCCAAGCGUGCCUGCCACCGAAGAGCAGGUGCUGCUGCAGCAGUUGGAUAAAUGGACUCCGUAUCGCAUCACUGUGUCUGCUUUCACGGUUGUUGGGCCGGGCCCUGAAAGCGAACCAUUAAUCUGCCGGACCGAUGAAGACGUUCCUGGCAGCCCUCCAAGGCGAGUGGAGGUGGACGUCUUAAACUCCACUGCACUUAAGGUGAUGUGGCGUUCUGUGAUGCCAGGAAAGCAGCACGGUCAGAUCCGUGGCUAUCAGGUCCACUAUGUUCGUGUGGAGAAUGGAGAGUCCAGGGGCCUGCCCCUCAUCAAGGAUGUCAUGCUGGCUGAUGCCCAGUGGGAAACGGACGAUACAGCUGAAUAUGAAAUGGUGAUUGGCGGGCUCAAGCCAGAUACCACUUACUCCAUCACAGUGGCGGCAUACACCACCAAAGGCGAUGGAGCACGGAGCAAACCCAAACUAGUGGUGACCAAAGGGGCAGUGCUUGGUCCACCCCUUUUGUCAGUGAUGCAGGAGUCAGAAACAUCUGCUCUUGUACGUUGGGACCCACCAGACCUGAAAAAUGGCAUGGACCUGCAAGGUUACAGGCUCCAGUUUGGUCGCAAAGAUGUUUCACCUUUGGCCACACUAGAGUUUUCUCCCCAACAACGGCAGUAUUCCUUGGGAAACAUUCACCGGGGGGCCACGUACUUAUUUAAACUCUCUGCCAAAAGCAGAGGGGGCUUUGGGGAGGAAGCUGGUGUCGAACUCGGUGUACCAGAGGACACACCAGAGGGAUAUCCCCAAAUGAAUGAAGGUUCCAACGUGACAUGUUGCUCAGUGCACCUGUCCUGGUUGCCACCAGUGCUGGCAGAGAGGAACGGUGUAAUCACAGAGUACACUUUGGCCUAUAAGGAAGCUGGUUCCGGAGGAGCACCGCGGGAGCUCAACUUGCCCCCCAACCUGUCCAGCUACGUGCUCAACAGCCUCAAACCAAACUCGGCAUACGAUGUGAAAAUUCGUGCACACACCAUUGUAGGUCCUGGGCCCUACAGCCCACCUAUCCAGUAUCGGACUGUGGGCUAUGAUCCAACAGACGUUCCGAAGAAUUUUACCAUCAAGUGGGCUACCAAAACAACAGUGGUCCUGGCAUGGAGGUUUUCCGAAAGCAGGUCCGCAUACAAAUGCACGAUUGAAUACAAUCGUCAGAAGAUGGACAUUGAUGCCAGGAAGCUAAGGGUCUUAAUUACUGGACUGAGGCACAAUACCACCUAUGAGUUCAGAGUAACCUGUCAAGAAAGCAUGGAUGGUGGGCCCAAACACCGUGUUGUGGCCAGGACAGCACCCCUUAUUCUGGUCAAGAAACCGAAGCUGGACAUCUAUGCGGAGCCUGAUAACAUUCUCACCAUGUCCUUCGCACCGGUCGAUGGCAAGAAUGUCAAGAAUUUCUAUGUGGUUGUGGUGCCACUGAAGAGAACCACGGGGACUGUGAAAAAUCUAAAGACUCCUGAUGAGAUGGACAUGGAAGAGUUGUUGCGGGAGGUGACCCCCAAGCGCCGUUCCCGUCGUCAGCUGGGCCAGUUGGACCAGUGGAAGCCCUACAUCACUGCCUGCUUCCGGCAGCUUCCCUCCAGCUUUACCGUGGGCACGGACCAUCGGCAGAGCAGCUGUGAGAAUAAGGGUCUUGAACCUGGGCAGGAGUAUGUCUUCUUCCUCAUGGCAGAGCUUAACGCUACUGCCGGGAAAAUGUUUGCAACUAGUCCUUACACUGACACAGUGUUAACUCCUGAACAAGUGGACGACCCGCAGCCAAUAGAGACUGGCGGUGAUGGGCUAAUUUGGGUGGUGGGCCCAGUGCUGGCUGUGGUCUUCAUCAUCUGCAUUGUCAUCGCAAUCCUCCUGUAUAAAAACAAACCUGACAGUCGCAAGAGAAAGGAGUCAGAGCCACGCACAAAAUGUCUGCUGAACAACGCCGACAUCACACCUCACCAUCCUACCGACCCUGUGGAAAUGAGACGAAUCAACUUCCAAACACCAGAUUCUGGUCUAAACAGUCCUCAGAGUGCAGCUGAAAUUGAAUAUGAAACAGGUAUGAUGAAUCACCCUCCUAUCCCCAUCUCCGAACUGGCUGAGCACACAGAGCUUCUCAAAGCCAACGACAACCUGAAGCUCUCCCAAGAAUAUGAGUCCAUUGAUCCAGGCCAGCAGUUCACCUGGGAACACUCCAACCUGGAGGUGAACAAGCCCAAAAAUCGUUACGCCAAUGUCAUUGCCUACGACCACUCCCGUGUCAUCCUGGCUCCCAUUGAGGGGAUCACAGGUAGUGACUACAUCAAUGCCAACUACAUUGAUGGCUAUAGGAAGCAGAAUGCAUACAUUGCCACCCAGGGCCCUUUACCAGAAACUUUUGGAGACUUCUGGAGGAUGGUGUGGGAGCAGAGAGCAGCCACUGUGGUCAUGAUGACCAGACUGGAGGAGAAGUCACGGAUAAAAUGUGACCAGUACUGGCCCAGUCGUGGCACAGAAACCUACGGUAUGACUCAAGUGACCCUGUUGGACACCAUCGAAUUAGCCACUUUUUGUGUGCGCACCUUUUCCUUGCACAAGAAUGGAUCGAGUGAGAAACGUGAGGUUCGCCAGUUCCAGUUCACAGCGUGGCCUGACCACGGUGUGCCAGAAUACCCGACGCCCUUCUUGGCCUUCCUCCGGAGGGUCAAGACCUGCAACCCGCCUGAUGCUGGACCCAUCAUUGCCCACUGCAGCGCCGGUGUUGGUCGGACAGGUUGUUUCAUUGUCAUCGACGCCAUGCUCGAGCGAAUCAAGCAUGAGAAGACUGUUGACAUUUAUGGCCACGUGACACUGAUGCGCUCACAGCGCAACUAUAUGGUGCAAACAGAGGACCAGUACAGCUUCAUUCAUGACGCGUUGCUGGAGGCGGUGGCCUGCGGUAACACUGAGGUGGCGGCCCGCAGCCUCUACUCCUACAUCCAGAAGCUGGCUCAGGUGGAGAGCGGCGAGCACGUCACCGGCAUGGAGCUUGAGUUCAAGCGUUUGGCCAACUCCAAAGCCCACACGUCACGCUUCAUCAGUGCCAACCUACCCUGCAACAAGUUCAAGAAUCGCCUGGUCAACAUCAUGCCCUACGAGACCACGCGUGUCUGCCUGCAGCCAAUCAGAGGCCUGGAAGGAUCUGACUACAUUAAUUCCAGUUUUAUUGAUGGAUACAGGCAACAGAAAGCCUACAUCGCCACACAGGGCCCUCUGGCAGAAACUACAGAGGAUUUCUGGAGAAUGCUCUGGGAGAAUAACUCCACCAUUGUAGUCAUGUUGACCAAACUGAGAGAGAUGGGAAGGGAAAAGUGUCACCAGUAUUGGCCAGCAGAGCGCUCUGCUCGGUAUCAAUAUUUUGUGGUGGAUCCCAUGGCUGAGUACAACAUGCCUCAGUACAUCCUACGAGAGUUCAAGGUCACAGACGCCAGGGAUGGCCAAUCCAGGACAGUAAGGCAGUUCCAGUUUACCGACUGGCCGGAGCAAGGCGUUCCAAAAUCCGGCGAGGGCUUCAUUGAUUUUAUUGGCCAGGUGCAUAAAACCAAGGAGCAGUUUGGACAGGAUGGACCAAUCUCUGUCCACUGCAGCGCUGGUGUGGGCAGGACCGGCGUCUUCAUCACCCUCAGCAUCGUCCUGGAGCGAAUGCGUUACGAAGGCGUUGUUGAUAUCUUCCAGACGGUGAAGAUGCUCCGGACACAGAGGCCAGCAAUGGUCCAGACUGAGGAUGAGUACCAAUUCUGCUAUCACGCCGCUUUGGAGUACUUAGGAAGCUUUGAUCACUAUGCAACGUAAAAGCCAUCUCUUACCCCCCCACCCCCCUCAUGAGUGCUGUCACCCCGUCAACAGUCUCCUGAGCCAUAGAAACUUGAGUUGUGAAACGGUGGUGUCACAACAACAACAACGACACCACCAUUCUUCAUUCAGACGCAUCAAAGCAAGAUACCACGUUUUUCGACAUCACUCCGACCAGAUUAAUUUCAAUCGGGCCAGGAUAGCUCAGACCCCGCAGUCAAGAAAAGAAGCAUUGGCUCAAGCUGUGGGGGCGAUCCAAGUGUCUGACUUCUUUCCUUACCUCAAGUGUUUCCAUAUAGACAUUGUAAACUUUCACUGAAAUGUCACACAACAGACGAAGUACAAAGCAAGUACCCAUGAGAUGGCUGUUGCCAAGACCGAGUGACUUUCUCUCGUGAUUUUUUAUAUUCCUGGAUGAAAAGGAAGUUCCAACUCUUUCCGCUCCCCCCGCCCCGCCCUUUCCAACAUAUUUUGCGAGUUAUAUUUAGAGAAAUGACCAAAUUGUGGUUGCGAAAGGGGCGGUUCGCUCUCCCAAACGCCGGUCAACCGCGAGCAAGAUGACGGCGUCUCGGGCGGGCAGAGAAACGGACACGCUCAUGAUGAGCAACGUUUGUUCGGAGAAAGUGUGACAGGACAAAUCUCGUCACGUGAUCAGAAGGGAAGUUGUCAGGACAAAAAAGCAACAUCACAUAUCUUAAAAUGGGAUUUCUCACUAACUGGACCCUCUCCUGAAAGUCAAUCGAGAACUGUGGGAAGCUGUGCCUGUAAAAAGAAGCAGUGGCUUGGUUGUUUGUGACCCAUGUUUUUUUUUUUUUGUUUUUUUUUAGUUUUUUGGUUUUUUUGUAGGUUUUUUUUUGCCAGCUUUGGAGUGUCAAUCUGACAAGACAUACAUCUGAUGAGAAGCUUUGUAACAAAUCGAGAAGCCCGACAAAGAUGGGCCACAAAGCCUUCCUUUGCGUACAGUGAUAGAUGUUUCAAUUUCUUCUUUUUUUUUAAUUCUUUUCUUUUUAAUCCAACCAAACAUGCUGCUUAUCUCAUGUACGUGUGACUCUUGAAGUAGAUUUCAUUUCAAAAGACACACACACCCAAAAAAAAUGGGGCUAUUUCAAUUACAAAACCCGAAACAUUUCCUUUACGAUCCACUGUAUACUCAUUUGUUGCAUUAAAAAGCUGUUUUCCUUGAACCCUUAGUACUUUUUGGGGUACGAAAGUAGACCUUGUUAGCUCUCAAAGCUACGAGGAACAUCUUCGGUACAAGUAACUUGCACAUCCUGAAGAAAAAGAACUUGAACAAAGUCCCCGCC